CUCCGCCUCACUCCACCUCUGCACGGUGCAACAGCAGCAGCAGCAGCAGCAGCAAGAGCCGAGAACAGCCUGCAGCAGCGACACAGCCUCCUGGUUAUUGACCUGUCGCAUGUGGGAUACCUGAAGACAGGAGGAUAUCUGCGGGAAAUAGAAGAGCAGCUACGACACAGUUGUGUUGUUAAAUUAUUUUGUCUUUUUUUGGAGGGCUUUUGUGUUGCCAGGGAAGAGAAAGUCCGAGCAGCCAUGACGCUUCAUCCGGUAUCUUCCACAUCACUCAACAGCCACUUCUGACGAACCUGAUUUAGCAAACCAAAGAUGUCAGCGUGCAGCGACUUUGCAGAACACGUGUGGAAACCCGGCUCUUGUAAGAACUGCUUCCACCCGCUGAGUGCGCACCACAAGACUGUCGGCGGCCUGGAUGGCAGUGUGCCAGCUGCUUGUUUGAAGAGCAUCCUGGGAGGCGAUGAAGAAACUGGAGUAACAUCGCCUUCACCCUACAGCAAGCCAACCAUCGCUGUCAAACCAACUAUGAUGAGCCUCGACACCAACGAGUCUUUGAUUGAUGUCAACAUGAACAUAGAUCAGGAGAACACGAAGAGCCCAGUUGAGCGUUUGGGCCUGAGGAAGCUCCUAGACCUGUCGUCUCUCUACAUUGAUAGUAACGGCUGCAACAAGGCCCAUAGGGAUGCAGUUCUUCAGAGUCCUGAAACAAAGAAGGACUAUAACAACUGCAUUUCCCUGGAUUCUUUAUCGCCCAGUCACCUGCCUAAAGACUCGAUGAUCAUCAGCAACAUCUUUGUCACCCAGGAGGAGGGUAGAGGCUCUCCGUGUUUGAAGAAUGCUAAUGGAGACACUUGUAGGCAGCAGAAUACAACCACCACUAGAACCAAGAGCACUUAUAAUGGAAUUAGUGUGACUACCAGGGCAAAUCUUCAGGACACUGACCAGGCAUCUGUGGAGAUACCUUUUUCUCUGGAUAUUGUCCCUUCCAGUGGUCCUAGCAACAGUAUCAGCAGUGAGAGUACUGCUUCCGUUACUGCUAAGAUAUCAAGCACUUCUACCCCUUUCCUCGCCAAAGCCUUAAGUGUGGACACCAUUUGCCAUAACCCCCCACUAUCCCUCCACUCUCUUCCCGCCCUGUCUGGACAAACCAGUCUAUCGGACUCCUCUUCUUCCUAUCGUAGUAGUACAGAUUCAGUCCGGUCAGGGAGCCCACCUGCAAUGGGAGGCUCAGAGUCAGAUCCCAACUCUCCUAAUGACUCAGAACCCAUUUAUGCUGAGAGCACCAAGAAAAAGCGCAGGCCGCAAGAAAAUGGGGUACAAUCCAAUCCUGUGUCCCCAAACCAGACUAAGAACUUAUCCCAGGGCUCUGAGCUUUUGGGAGAGAGUCAACGGGCCACCAUCACUGUAAUGGCAACUCACACAGAGGAGAACAACAGGACUUUCUUCCUGAGCAGUCCAGAUUCAGCCAUUAGCACCCAAUGCCACUUCAGCCCCACAGCACGCAAAGACCCCACUAGCCCGGCCUUUCGUUGGCCCAGCCCCAGCCACAGCUCACCUUCUUUGCUCACAGAAGCCAGCCUUACCCCAACUUUCUACCCCAAGCCUCAGUCCAGCCCACCCAUUCCCCCGAAAAGGACCAGCCGUUCCCCAAAACUAGGCGCCUCCAGCCUCUCGCCGUCCAUCUCGUCUCCAGUCCCUCUUCCUGAUCUCCCCAGAUUAAGCACUUCCAGCCUCUCGCCGUCCUUCUCGUCUCCGGUCCCUCUCCCUGAACUCCCCAUGCUUUUCCUAGUUUCUGCUCGAGAGGGCCACUUCAAGGUCCACACGGAGAACCACAGUUCAGCAUCGUCCGAACGCUGGCACAAGCCGCCCCACCACCACAGUUCUGGCUGGAACUGCCGCAUUGAGGAAGAAGAGGAGGAGGAUGAGAGGGAGCGGAAAGAGGGGGUGAAGAAGAAGUUGGCACCUAACCCAGGGACAGCAUCUCGGGUGACGGGCCUGGUCAAUGGUGCCGCUGUCUGGAAGGAUGCCAGGGACUGCAAGGCCCACAGCAGCCCCCCUUCGGUGACAGAGCCAGGCACGGCCCCCCCAGCUGCCCCCGACAAUGGUGCCUGUCAGGGGGAGACUGAGGGCACCGGUGCAGAGGAGGAGGGCAAGCAUAACGGGAGCAUGCCGUCCAAGCAACCGUAUCAUGGCGGCUCAUCAGAGCUGCUGGCAGCGAGGGGAUCUGCCAACAAUGAGCCCAAUCCUCCUCCUCCUCCCCCACCUAAGAAACUGCACAGAGUGUGCGGUAAGAUGAGUGGCAGCAACAUGGAGCUGGACCGCUGCAGCCAGCAAGGGUCUGCUGAGAGCCCCCCCUCCUCUCUGAGGGGCCUGGGCAGUGCCAGCCUACCCACCGCCUCCAAUGACAACCUGACUGCCGACACUGGUUCUCGAGAUGCUUCCCGAAUGUCUUGCUCCUCUCCAUUCUCCAGGAGUCCUGCGGCCUCAGCUCCAGGGUCUCCUCACCCCCCAUUCCUAAACAGCUUAAGUAACACGCCACCUCCGCUUCCAGAGAAAAAGAUGGUCAACCGCACCGUGUCGGCUCCAGACAGCGCUAACGGAAGACCCUUUGUCCGAGCCUACCCCCGUCUCCCGUUCACCGGCUCAGAGAGCAACGUGUGCCGUCCCGCCGAUGUUAGCUCCCGCUGCAGUUUACCCUCCAGCCCUAUAGACCCCCGACCCGUUUUCUCUUCUAACGAGUCUCUGGAGCGCUGCCACGCCCCGCUAGGCCGACCUUUGAAAUCCCGGACUCUGGAUGAGCCCCUGAAAACUCACGGGCGUCUGGGCGUCCACUGCCGGAGCAGCAUCACCUGCUCCUCCUCCCCCCAACUCAGCGUGCCCUUUUCAGCCUCAGAACCUGGCUCUGCGGCCAAUCUGGGCUCCAGCCUGCAGCUACAGACCCUCCUGAGUAACAUAGACAGCAGGGAGGGAGUGUACUCCAAACUGGGAGGCCUGUACGCAGAGUCUCUGCGGCGCCUGGCUCUUAAAUGUGAAGAUCACUUUACUCGUUCCCAGAGAAACCCUCUUAGGUUUGAGGAGAGCAACUGGUCUCUGUUCAGGCUCACCUCCAACAAGCCCAGCUGCAACUCAGGAGACGCUGUGUACUACUCUGCUGCCUGUGCCUCGGACCCCAGCAACUCAUACGCUGUGAAGAUUUGCAAGAGUCCCUCCGUGGAUGCCAAGCAGGUCCAUCUCUACGGCCUGUCGGUGCAGCAGAGUAUGCCCCCCCACUUCAACCUGCAGCAGGACUGUGGCCACUUCCUGGCCUGUGUCCCCCAGAGCAUGCUGCCCUCUGACGAAGUCUCUCUGCCCAGCACACCUGCCUCCUCGCUGCCUCAGCCCUCUGCGCCUGGCCAACAGGUAGAGCGAGAGCGAGUGGUGGUCAUCACCCCGGAGAUCCCUCGACAGACGGCAGCUGACUUUGUCCGGGAGUGGGCGGCGUUCCAUAAAGCUCAGCCAGAAGUCUAUGAGCGCCGUGUGUGCUUCCUCCUCCUGCAGCUCUGCCACGGCCUGGAGCACUUGAAGGAGCACGGGGUCACGCAUCGCGACAUCUGCCUGGAGAACCUGCUGCUGGUGCCACAUCUCCGCAGACCCUCCCAGUUCUCCCCACAGACCUCCUCCGAAAACGGCACCAGUUCAAGUGGCGUAGACAGUCAGCGUCACCUUCCCCGGCUUCUCAUCAGCAACUUCGCUAAGGCCAAGCGUCGCUCCUCUGAGGACGCGGCCUCAACCAGCGUGGACCCUCGCUUCAAACGCGACCACGCCAGAUUGGCUCCUGAGAUCGUGUCAGCAGCCCAGUACCGGAAAUUCGACGAGUUCCAAACAGGCAUCUUGAUCUACGAACUCCUCCACCAAGCCAACCCCUUUGAGGUGAGUCCAGCUCUGAAGGAACAAGAUUACCGCUGCGAGGAGCUGCCCCCCAUCCCCUCCGUGUCCCUUUACUCCGCCGGCCUCCAGAGGCUGGCGCAGCUCCUGCUCCAACCGGACCCCAUCAAACGCAUCCACAUCCAGGAGGCCAAGCGCAUCCUGCAGAGCCUGCUGUGGGGCCCCCGGAAGGACCUGAUGGAGCAGCAGCAGCGAGAGAGGCAGGGACAGGGGGUCGGCUUUGUUGAUGGAGCCCGACACGAGGGUCUCCUGAACUGGCUGGACGUGAAGCGGGCCCUGCUGAUGAUGAAGUUCGCAGAGCGCUCCCUGGAGCCCGAGAGGAACGCAGAGCUGGAGGACUGGCUCUGCUGUCAGUACUUUUCCUCGGCUCACCCUCUGUCUCUCUGCCACACUGCGGAGCUGCUCUACUCAAUGAAGUGAUGUCCACUUUAAAAGGUGUGUGAGUUGAUUAGAAGUGAUGCGUGAAUGUGUGUAUGAGAGAGACCAAUAACAAAGGUAAUGUCUAGACACUAUGGAUGGGAGACACUGUGAACCUGCCCACCUGUUUGCGCUGCAUGCUGAAGAGCCAUGCAUCAACCUAACCGUCCACUGUUUUACAAACACGACCCUGCUACAGACUGGCAACAUGGCAAAGACAUUACCUGUUAACUAUUUCUAAAUAUUCUUGUAACAGUCAGACAUGACGGGCAAAAUCAUUAAACAUUCGCUUAUCGACUAAAAUCGCUUUGAUCAAUAUGGACAGUAUGCAUAAUCCGAUAAUACACUUACCAAAGUUUCAUGUUUGACACUGUGUUGUGAGUAUUUAUUAAAAUAAAAGACAUCUCACCCGAUAAGAAGAGGCUAACCAUUCAUUACGUCAGCUAGCUUUGCAGAGUAAUGCUGUGUCGUGUCUAAAUAACUGUGCAGCUAACUUUGAAUAAAUAAAAAAAGAUAUGAGGUCACUAGCAGACUUACACUGUUGCACCUUCUCCGUCAUGUUUUUUCAUGGGCACAUAGUGCUGUACUGUAUACUGUGUAAACAAUACAAACUUUUCUUUAACCAAAUCCACAGAAAGUUACACUGGUGUACUAGUGGCAUACGUUUUGUUUUUAGACAGCAAUGUGUGUGACUCAAAAUGAAUUGGAUUGACAAAACUUUUGGCAACGUUAGCGUAUGUUCUAUUGAAUGGAUGCCCAGUUUUACCGUACUCUUACUUUUAGUAUAUAUUUCAAUGUUUUGACAUUUGUCGCAGUGCCUUUUGUUCUUUGUAUAUGUUACAGUGACUCCAAAUGUAAAUAUUGCCGAUCGUUCGUCCUUUGUGAAACUGGCCUUUCACCGAAUGUUCCCGAAACAACUUUGUACAGUGAUUUGUAGAUGAUAUUAGAAAAUGAGCCCAAGCAGGUCUUAAAAAGCCAUGAAUAAGAACAGCCGUUAAAAAUCUAUUUAUGAAAUAAUUUGUUAUCCUGUAGUAGUCACUGGAAUGUCUCUGUUUAUUUUCAUUUGUGGAUUAUCCAGUUGUUUGUUUUUGCAUUCUGUGUCCCAUGAAGGCUGCAGAGAAGGCCUCGAGUUCAUGGGAAUAUUAUCUGGACAAAGAAUUUCCUAAUAAAGUCAAGAAAUGUACAGCCUGCACCAGGUUUCAGCCCGACUGAUGUUCCUAACGUUGUAGACAAAACACGUGGUCAGAUCUCACAACUAAUACAUUAUUGAUUAGAAUUAUUUUGUGUGUGCCUCACCUAUUUGCAUCUAUCAAUAAACUGUGCAUAUAUUUUCUCACAGUAUAAUCUGGUGUUUUGAUUUUUUUUUGUAUUUCAUAAUUGGGCUUAAUAUUGAGUUUGAAUUACCAGCUGUGCCUGCAAAACUUUUACACUCCUACAUGAAGAAAAGAUGAUGUAUUUAUUUUUUCUUAAAAGGAAAUGAGGGCUUUGUUUGAGUCGUGUUCUCGUAUUGUGUGACAGAAAGUCUUAGGUGUUAUUUGGAUGUACAACAUGAGCACUACUGCAUACAAAGUCACUUAGACUUUGUUAUGUGUCUUGUUUUACUCUGUUUU